AUGACGGCAACCAACGGUGCCACGAAUGGCCACAGCGCGCCGGCACGCCGGCCGCUCCCAUGCGGUAUCUACGCCCCAACCAUGACCUUCUUCGACCCCGAGACCGAGGACCUCGACAUCCCCGUCAUCAAGAAGCACGCCGAGCGUCUCGUACGAGACGGCCUGGUGGGCCUUGUCACCAUGGGCUCCAACGGCGAGGCCAUCCACUGCACAAGGGAGGAGAAGCUCGCAGUGACACAAGCAACGAGGGAGGCCCUCGACGCGGCUGGCUUCGCCAACACCCCCAUCAUCAUCGGGGCUACCGAGGGCAGCGUACGAGGCACCGUCGAGCUGUGUAAGCAAGCCCAAGGGGUAGGCGCCGACUACGCGCUGAUCCUUCCGCCGUCCUACUUCCGGCUGCUCAUGGACGAGCAAGCGGUGCACGACUACUUCAUCGCCGUGGCCGACGCCAGCCCGAUCCCCCUCAUCCUGUACAACUACCCGGGCGCCGUAGCUGGCAUCGACCUUGACUCCGACCUCCUCAUCCGCCUAGCCGAGCAUCCCAACAUUGUCGGCACCAAGUUCACCUGCGGCAACACCGGCAAGCUGACGCGCGUGGCCCUGGCCACCGACGCCAAGACCCCUGCGUCCGAAGGCUCUGGGUACAUGGCCUUUGGCGGUGUGUGCGACUUCACCGUGCAGACGCUGGCCAGCGGGGGCAGCGGCAUCAUCGCGGGCGGUGCAAACGUCAUGCCCAAGCUGUGCGUGCGUGUCUGGGACCUGUACGCUCAGGGCAAGCAGGCCGAGGCCAUCGAACUGCAGAAGAAGCUGUCGCGCGGCGACUGGGUGCUGACCAAGGCCGCUAUUGCAGGUACCAAGCAGGCUAUCCAGAGCUAUUUUGGGUAUGGUGGUUACCCGCGGCGGCCGCUGAAGCGGUUGGAUAAGGCGAAGGUGGCGGCUAUUGAGGAGGGGGUUAGGGAGGUGAUGGAGUUGGAGAAGGCGUUAUAA